AUGUUCAUUGUCGCCGCGUGCGCCCUGGCUGUUUUCACUGACUCGUACCUCUAUAGUAUGGUGGUCCCAAUCCUCCCUUUCGCACUGGUCAAUCGGGCAGGAGUGCAGGAGAGUGAUGUCGGACCAUGGACAUCGGCACUAUUGGCCUGCUAUGCGGCAGCCAGUUUGGCGAUCUGUCCGGUUGCUGGCUAUCUGGCAGAUUAUUUCACCUUACGCCGCACCACCUUCAUUCUCGGUCUUCUCGUCCUUGCCGGCUCCACCAUGCUCUUGUGUAUUGGCUCAUCAAUGGCCCCCUUUGUCCUUGGAAGACUUCUGCAGGGUGCCUCGAGUGCCAUCACAUGGACUACAGCACUCACCGUUGCGGCAGAAACCGUGGACACGAGUGAAGUGGGGAGAACUAUGGGCUUCUGUAGCCUAGGGAUGAGCCUAGCCAUGCUUCUCGGUCCUAUCCUGGGAGGACUGUUGUUCCAACACCAUGGCUACCAAUCUGUCUAUGGUCUCGCAUUCGGCCUCCUCGCUAUUGAUAUUAUCUGGAGGCUCUUAAUCAUGGAAAGAAACGUCGAUACGCAGAAUAUCGACCCCCAGCGUUGGAAUUACUGGACCUUUGACUACGGAGAUGAUGGCACGCCCAGAAUAGUCCCGCUGGGUCAGAGGGACGAAUUUUUCGACGUAGAGUCACUCUCUUGGGGAACACGAACUCUACAACCCGAAGAUUCACCAGGAGAUACAAGUUCGGCCGUUACAUCACAACAUAUUAAUCACGCGUUGCCUAAAUCUGCCCAAUGGGCAAUCAUUCUACGAGAUGCCCGGCUCCAGGUUGCCCUUUGGGCAAGUCUUGUGCAAGUCACCUUGAUCGCUUCCUUGGAUGCCGUUCUCCCUCUGUUUGUCCACAGAAUAUUCUCCUGGGGACCGCAAGGCGCCGGUCUGAUCUUCAUCCCUGUGGUGAUCCCAUCUCUCCUGGCGAUUUGUGCAGGCAGUAUUGUCGACAUCGUUGGCCCUAAAUGGGUUGUGAUAGCCGGAUUCUCGGCUGCAGCCCCCUCAUUAUUGAUGUUACGGCUGAUCGAAGAAGAUACUGUUGGCCAGGUUGUUCUAUUGUGUGCUCUACUCCUCCUCUUGAGCACGGGAUUGGCUUUCGUCGGCGCGCCGUUGAUGGCGGAGAUCACGUUCGCGGUCGAGGCAAUCGAACACACUCGCCCUGGAGCAUUCGGUCCUAGGGGGCCUGUCGCGCAGGCCUAUGCCUUCUAUUAUGUAUUUGUUUCUGGUGGCUUGUUGAUAGGCCCUCUCUGGGGCGGGUUUGUCGAAAAGAUCGCAGGGUGGAAGACAAUGACCUUGACUUUUGCCCUCCUCAGUGCGUUGAUGGUGGUUCCAACGGGCAUUUUCACUGGGGGUUGCAUCGCCAUGAGGCGAUCGUCUUGCCGAUGCUUGAAGAGGACUCGACCAAGUUAG